GCUAGGCCAGCCGGCGCCAUUUUGAAAGUGGAGUCGCCUGCUCCUGCCGCUGCCGCCGCUGCUGGAGAAAGAGCAAGAGCGGGGAAGCCCCAGAGUGAAAUCCACCAUCCUGCUGGCUCGUCGGCUCGCCCCUCCUUCCUUCUUCCCCGACCCCCGCCCCCUCCCCCCGCAGGUGCCAUCCGCCGCCAUCCGCCCUCUCUACCCCCCCAUCCCCAGGUGAGGGGGGUGAGUUCAGGAAGCAGAGACCCCGAGGAACCCAGCAGGGUCACCAUUUGCAGCGCAACAUGGCAGGAGCUGGAGGAGGGAAUGAUAUUCAGUGGUGUUUUUCUCAGGUGAAAGGUGCAGUAGAUGAUGAUGUAGCAGAAGGAGGGUAUGGUUCCAUUCCAUUUUAUCCAAACAUGAUAACAGAUUAUCCAGGAACAAGUUAAAAAGAAGGGAGACUGGUUCCAGAAAACAUCUCUGGAAAUUACCCUUGGACCCUGACUCUCAUGGCAACAUUACAAUCAGAUAUAAUUUCUACGGUAGAAUUUAAUCAUUCUGGAGAAUUACUAGCAACAGGCGAUAAAGGUGGUAGAGUUGUCAUCUUUCAACAAGAGCAGGAGAACAAAAUCCAGUCUCAUAGCAGAGGAGAAUAUAAUGUUUACAGCACCUUUCAGAGCCAUGAACCAGAGUUUGAUUACUUGAAAAGUUUAGAAAUAGAAGAAAAGAUCAACAAAAUUAGGUGGUUACCCCAGAAAAAUGCUGCUCAAUUUUUAUUGUCCACCAAUGAUAAAACAAUAAAAUUAUGGAAAAUCAGUGAAAGGGACAAAAGACCAGAAGGGUAUAAUUUGAAAGAAGAAGAUGGAAGGUAUAGAGAUCCUACUACAGUUACUACACUACGAGUACCAGUCUUUAGGCCCAUGGAUCUAAUGGUUGAAGCCAGUCCACGAAGAAUAUUUGCCAAUGCUCAUACAUAUCACAUCAAUUCAAUUUCUAUCAAUAGUGAUUAUGAAACAUAUUUAUCUGCAGAUGAUUUGCGGAUCAACCUUUGGCAUCUGGAAAUUACAGACAGGAGUUUUAAUAUCGUGGAUAUCAAGCCUGCCAAUAUGGAAGAGUUAACAGAAGUGAUCACAGCAGCAGAAUUCCACCCAAACAGCUGUAAUACAUUUGUAUACAGCAGCAGUAAAGGAACUAUCCGGCUAUGUGACAUGAGGGCAUCUGCCCUCUGUGAUAGGCAUUCGAAAUUGUUUGAAGAACCAGAAGAUCCCAGUAACAGGUCUUUUUUUUCUGAAAUCAUCUCCUCUAUUUCUGAUGUAAAGUUCAGCCAUAGUGGUCGAUAUAUGAUGACUAGAGAUUAUUUAUCAGUCAAAAUCUGGGACUUAAAUAUGGAAAACAGGCCUGUGGAAACAUACCAGGUGCAUGAAUACCUCAGAAGUAAACUUUGUUCACUGUAUGAAAAUGACUGCAUAUUUGACAAAUUUGAAUGUUGUUGGAAUGGUUCUGACAGUGUUGUCAUGACUGGAUCUUACAAUAAUUUCUUCAGAAUGUUUGACAGAAACACAAAACGAGAUAUAACCCUAGAAGCAUCACGAGAAAACAAUAAGCCUCGUACGGUUCUGAAGCCACGCAAAGUCUGUGCAAGCGGCAAGCGAAAGAAAGAUGAAAUAAGUGUUGACAGCCUAGACUUCAACAAGAAAAUCCUUCAUACAGCCUGGCACCCCAAGGAAAAUAUCAUUGCUGUAGCUACCACAAACAAUCUGUAUAUAUUUCAAGACAAAGUGAAUUAGGGUUGGCAUUCCUAGCAGAAGAGCCCACUUCCUGCUUAGUUGAGAUAGUUGAAUCUAGCAUUCGUAUCUAAAAAAGAGAGAGGUCCAUUGUGGCGCCCCUUUCCAGUGUUUGACAAUGUGCCAUUCAACAACAUAUUUUUAUAGCUACAUGGAGAAAGCUAUGUGGGUUCAUCACUGUGUUCUCCAUGUCUGCUAGCCAUUUAGGUAAGGGUAGGGCACUUUUAAUUUAAAUGACUUCUUGCACCAUCUUGCCUAAUGGACUAGAUUGGACUGUAUCAACAUUGAUUUACUCCACUUUUUAUGCCUUCCAUUGUGAUGACGUCAAACACAGUGAAAGCCUUCAGUCAUGCUUAUGGGAUUUAAUUGUGUAUCCUCAUUACUGUAUCAUUUGUGGGGUACACCCCUCCCCCCUUUUUUAAAUUAAAUACGGCUCAUUCUUACUGUGGCUUGUAGCAUUCCUCCUCUUCUGGCCUCCUGGACUCUUCCCUUUCAUCUCUUGCCCCUGCCCCCUCCACCCAGUCUUGGUGGUGGUGUAUUAAAAAAAGAAAGAACGAAAGCACACAAAACGAGUCAGUUUGGGGUCAGUGGUAAAGGGGGUAUAUGUUGCGAACAAAUGUUUUAAUAGUUGGCUGUAAUCACUCCUUGCCGUGUCUGGCACUGAAAAUAAGGAAAAAAAAAAAAAACUACUACUGAAUAAAAGUGACAAAGAAUGGAGAA